UCUUGUAUGGCAGGCAAAGCUUUGACCUAUCUUCUGCUGCAGCCUCCCAGUCCCAAACUUCCUCCUCACAGUACCAUUCGGAGAACUGCCAUUGAUCUCAUAGGAAGAGGGUUUACAGUGUGGGAGCCUUAUAUGGACGUGUCUGCUGUGCUGAUGGGCCUUUUGGAACUCUGUGCGGAUGCCGAAAAACAACUUUCAAACAUCAAAAUGGGGCUGCCUCUGAGUCCAGCAGCGGACUCCGCCCGCUCUGCACGACACGCUCUCUCCCUCAUUGCCACGGCCAGACCACCCGCUUUCAUCACUACUAUUGCCAAGGAGGUACACAGGCACACUGCUCUUCAGGCUAAUACACAGUCUCAACAAAAUAUUCAUACCACCACCUUGGCUCGAGCAAAGGGAGAAAUUCUGAGGGUUAUUGAAAUCCUUAUUGAAAAAAUGCCAACAGAUGUUGUGGAUCUCCUUGUAGAGGUAAUGGACAUCAUCAUGUAUUGUCUUGAAGGCUCAUUAGUCAAGAAGAAGGGACUGCAAGAGUGCUUUCCAGCUAUCUGCAGGUAAGAUCACAAUAGGAACGUGU